CAAGCGCCGGCGUGUUCCAGAUUCCAGACAGUCCAGACCAGAUCCAGUCUCGCUUGAAGAAAAAUCGGGCAAAACUGACAGAAAUCAAACCGCAUUCGCCGACCGAAUCACGAAGAAAAAUGGAUUUUCUCACCGCGGAGACCACGCUGACGAGUCCGCGCUCAAGACUUCACCCAAGCAGGUCACUCGGACCACAACACAACAAGUGGGCAGCGGCCGCGUGUUCAGCGUUCAGCCUUGCUGGAACAAAAUGGCUUUCUUCGGAAAACGCUCGCAGACGGCUUUGUCCAACAACUUCGACGACGCCAUGGGCAGCAACCAGGGUCAUCGACAAUACUUUUUUUGGCCUCUCAAAACCAAUCCAAUGACAACAUUGAGCGGCAGAAAUGGAAAAAUGUGAACCUUUCGAGGUUGUGAUGUCCUAUCAUGCACCGUUCGGUCAUCAGGCGAACCAAUGCCAGUCGAAAUCUCCCCAAGGUUGUUGCAGAGCAGUGAGCCAGGUCGAAGAGAAACGCCACUCGUCAACAGUGCAGUUUGAGGACUUGGCAGACACCGCUAGUCAAGUUUUGAAACCUGCAGAAGGCAGAGCUCCUAUGACCUGAAUUUAUUUCCACAGAUCCUGCCUGAGCUUGUCAACUUGAAGGGCGGUUUUGGAUUCAGCACCAAUGGUGGGACCGCGAUGCCUCCUUGGAAAAACAGUUUGCGAGAACGCUUGCCAUCUUCGCACUCUCGAAUUUUCCCAACAACUCUGGAGAUGCCGUGACCGACAGCCAGAUGGACGUCUUUGAAAAAAAAAAUGGAGCCCCCUCACGAACCCUGCCCUUUUGUCCCGCCCAGAGCCGGCCUUCCCCACGUCCUCGACCUCGCUGCGCCUCCACCCCUCGCUCGCGGCUUUUGCAAAAAUUAAUCUUGGGGGGUUGCCCACCUCCGAGUUGCCGGUUUGUGGGGUAAGAUUACCGAACUUCACUUCAAGAUAUUUCAGAAAUUUAAAUUUCCAAAUUAUUAAAAUUGAGAUUCUGACUAGAUGAUUUUCAGCUUCUCAUGAUAUGAACUUUGACUGGUAAAAAUUCAGCUUUCACAUAAUUUGUUCCGGCUCAAAACUUGUCAUGACUUGGACUAUAUUUUGGAUUAUUUUUGGUAACCAAUUCGUCCGUAAUUAGCAGCACUUAAAAUUUGACGGACCGCGCGAAGGGCUGGAAGACGAAAAUUAAUGCACGCACGGCAAAGUGGUCCUUGCGGCGGUGUCGGCGAGAGCGAGGUCGGCGUGCGGCGAGUUGCGGCGCGGCAGGGGCGUCGCGGAGGGGCGUCGUGGCGGCGGCGGCGGAGGGGCAGCGCGACGGCGGCCGCGGCGAGUCGCGAGCAGACAGAAGGGCACCGCGGUGCGAGGCGCGAGCACCCACACCUCCGAGCCGCACCCGUCGACGCACUCACGUGGACCCCAGUCAGCUGCGAGUGAUGGCCGCCCCCGCCGCCUCCGUGGCCGCCUCGAUGGCCGCAGCCGCCGGCCCGCCGCCGCAGCAGUUCUGCCUGCGCUGGAACAACUACCAGACCAAUUUGACCACCGUUUUCGACCAACUGCUGCAGAGCGAGGUGUUCGUCGACGUGACCCUCGCGUGCGACGGCCACUCCGUCAAGGCGCACAAGAUGGUCCUGUCCGCCUGCAGCCCCUACUUCCAGUCGCUCUUCUUCGACAACCCCUGCAAGCACCCCAUCGUCAUCCUCAAGGACAUCAAGUGGCCCGAACUCAAGGCCGUCGUCGAGUUCAUGUACCGGGGCGAGAUCAACGUCCUCCAGGAGCAGAUCGGUCCUCUCCUCAAGGUUGCAGAAACGCUGAAAAUCCGCGGCCUGGCCGACGUGAACGGUGAGCCGGAAGGGCACCACGCGCCCCCUCUGGCCGCCCUGCGCUCGCCAGGACCCACCCUGGAGUCGUCCCCGAAAAAAUGCGGCAGCCCCGACGGCAACUCGUCGAUCGCCGACGAGCCGCUGGCGCUGAAAAUGCAGCAGCAGCGCCCCAAGAAGCGGCGCCGCGCGUCCGGCGGCGAAAAGAGUUCUUGCAGCAGCUCGGGCAGCCCCGACGACGGGGCCAUGGGCGCCCCCGCAAACCCGGCCGCCAUCCCCACCGUGCACCUCGAGCUGCUCGAGUCGAUGGCCGGCGGCAUGAUGGAGCCGUCGGUGGCCGCCGCAAUGGCCGCCUCCCUCGCCGGCCUCUCGCCCCAGGAGCACUGCCGCCAGCCGUCGGGCACCCCCGACUCCAUGGUCGGCCUGCCGCCCCCGGCGCUCCACCCGCCUCCGCCGCCCCAGUCCGUCUCAGAUGACCUCGAGAUCAAGCCGGGCAUCGCCGAGAUGAUCCUCGAGGAAGAAAGGGCAAAACUUCUCGAGUCAUCGCACGCCUGGCUGGGAGCUUCAACUUCUUCAAUUAAUGACAGUUACCAGUACCAGUUGCAGAGCAUGUGGCAGAAAUGCUGGAACACAAACCAGAGCCUGGUGCACAACCUGCGUUUCCGCGAGCGCGGCCCCCUCAAGUCAUGGCGGCCAGAGACGAUGGCCGAGGCCAUCUUCUCGGUGCUGAAGGAGGGCCUGUCGUUGUCGCAGGCGGCCAGGAAGUACGACAUCCCGUACCCGACGUUCGUCUUGUACGCCAACAGGGUGCACAACAUGCUCGGCCCGUCGGCCGACGGCGGUGCAGGUGAGAGUCGGUUAGAUUUGCGGCCGAAAGGUCGAGGUCGUCCUCAACGCAUUUUGCUCGGCGUUUGGCCGGAAGAGCACAUCCGCGGUGUGAUUCGCGCCGUCGUUUUCCGCGACCCGGCCCACAUAAAGGAAGAAGCCCAGACUUUAGCUAGACUGUACUGCAUGCAAGACCCAAUGGCGCAGUCACAGCAGCAGCAGCAGCAACCCUUUCCGAACCUGGCCCCGAACGGUUCGAUGCCCGACGGCGGCGGCCGUUCGGUCACGCCCACGCCCAGUUCUGCGGCGGCCGCCGCAGUGGCCGCCGUGGCCCAGGGCCUGAGGCAGCAAAUGUGCGGUCUGGCCGCGCCCGGCAGCGAGGCCGGCGGCCAGCAAGGGCCGUCGAGCGCGGCCGUGGCCGCGCUGGCCUCUGCGCUGCUGGGCCGCGACGCCGCCGACAACAUGCACCAGGCGGCGGCCACCGCGCUCAACAACAACACGAUGAACGCGCUGCUGAACAACGGCACCGGCGGCGGCGGCCUCCGCGGCCACCCCGCCAGCAUGGCCGCCCUGACCAACCUGAGCCAAUACAAGCAGCACUCGUUGUUCGGGCAGACGCGGCCGUCCGAGGUGAUGUACCAGGAGCACGAGUCGGCGGACGAACAGGCCAAGAGCAAUCACCACCAGCACCACCCGAUGGACGGCGUCGACGAAAACGACGGGCUGCACCAUCAGCAGGUCAAGCCCAUGGACAGCACAAACGCGGCCGUGCUCGACGCCCGAGUCGAGUGAAUGACUUUCCGAGCGUUUUAUUCAGAGCAUUUAUUUGAAUAAAUGCACGUGUCAAAUAUUGUAAAUGUAUUCGCGUCAGGCCGAGGUUGUAGAUGGCCCCGCACUGACCGAGCUUUGGUGUGAGAGAGAGGAACGUCCGCGAUGCUUAAUUGUGCAGACUUUGAAAUUCAGAAAAUGCCGCCACAUUUUGCUAUUUUAAAAUUUUAUUUAAAUUUUAAUAGAUUUAUAAUAUAUUUUAUUCAAUUUUUAUAUAUUUUAAAAAUACCUAAAGCCAGGCAAAUUUUCCGCUGCAGAGGUGAAAAAUUUUAUGGACCUGUAAAACCCAGACAGUUUUUGUAAAAUAUAUAAUAUUUUUGCGAUUUACAAUUGUUUUUGGUUGGUACCAAAAAAAAAUUGAAACAUCAAUCUGGGCUUCGUGGUUUCGCAAUUAAAAUCACUGCCGAUCAUAUAAAAUGUGAAAGAUUGUUAGGCACGAUGCACGAUUGGAGUCAUAAUUCCUCAAAAAUGAACAGCCUUGGCUGUGGGAAGCGGUCAUUUUUCUUUGUCCAGUGUCAGCAUUUAUAACAUAAAAGGCAUUAAAAAUUCAUGACGUGCCCAUCAUCUUUAGUUUCCCUUGUAAUCGAUUAUUCCAAAUUUUAUGCACAUAAAAAUAGAAAAUAAUGACGCAGUUGGAUGCAAAUUCUGCCAAAUGAUUUGUUAUUCACACACAUAUUUAAUUUGUGUGUCUACUUAAUUUUGCAUAUAAUUUGUGGCUGUGAAUGUAUAAUUUUGUUCAAUCAAUGAUGAAAAAAUAUAUAUUAUUUAAAGGUAGCGACACUAUAGAGACUCCUAAAAUCUCAGAGGUAUUAGUGCGGCUUGUUUUAUAAUUUCAUAAUAUAAUAGAUAAUUUUAAAAUACUUUUUUAAAAAGAAGCGUCAAAAUUAUAAAAGAAAAGGCCAGGUUUUGAUGGGAGUGAGUCACGAAAUCGUUUUGGUCCUGUGAUACAGAAUUUAGACUCGCUCUCAGUGUAUAUAUAAUAUAUAAUUUUUUGUAAAAUCGAAUAGUCUACGUAUUAGGCGCGGCAGUUCAUGAUGUGUGAAUGUGUAUAAAUUAUAUAUAUAUAUAUAUAAAUUAAAACUUCAUUAUAAAAUAUAUAAAAAGAUUACGGCGCGUAAUUGUGUUGUUUCAAUGUUGGAUGGUCAUGCGUAUAAUAAUAUCAUAGUGCGACAUAUUUGUGUAAAUUUCAACCCCUGAGUUGAGUUUUCGAUGUUGAAAGUGGCCUUCCAGCGUUUCGGACACCCCAAAACACGCAGGUCCAGUCAGCAGAGAUUGCAAAACAUCUUUCGGCUUCGACAAGCGCGGAUUUAAGAGUUUGCUCGAGCUCGGUGCCUCAACCUGCAAUUUGACAACAGACUGGUGGAUUUAAUUUUGAUUUUCUUAUCGAUAGACAUUUUAAUUUUUAAUACCACCAGUCAUGAGAGCAAAAGAAAAUGAUAAAAAAAACUUCAGGCGCAAAAACAAGACAUUUAGGCAUUUUUGAUUGAAUGUGUUCAAUGUAAAGAAA